GUAUCAAAGCACAAAGCCCAUAUACUGACUGGGAAGCUUAAACCUCUGACCUCCAAAACCUCAAACGCCCGGGCGCCCAGAAAUUUGCUCCCCGGAGAUGGAAGAAAUUCUCGAACUCUACGAACUUGAAUAUAUCGAUCUUAUAGCGUUGUUGUCCGACGAAAAGCCGGCAUCAAACGAAAAAAGUCGAUGGCUCGAGUUAAUUUCUAAAACAAUAAUGCAAAACCUGGGGCGGGGUGGGCCGGGCCUGCUAUCCAUCAAAGGCGUCCCCGAAGCCCGAACUCUCCGCCAGACCCUCCUCCCGUUUGCCCGGAAACUCGCUCUUCUGGAUCAUGAUGAUCGGAAACGGAUUCUGAAGGAUCAUAAUUUGGGGAGUGAUGUGCCAUUAAAGAAUUUGGACAGAAUUGUGUCCUCUUUCGCAAUGAAACUGAAGUAUGACCAAGAGUUUAAUGUUAAAGUUAAGAGUAACGAAAUGGAUAGUGCGGUGGAUGGUGGAGAAUUCAAAGACCUAGGGCUCGCAUUUAAAGAAUUAGGGUUUUGUAUGAUGAAAUUAGGGCUUUGCCUUGCUCGAGUUUGUGAUAAGUUAAUUGGUGGCUGUGAGCUGGAACAGAGUUUAUUGCAAUGUGGAACAGCGAAAGGCCGGUUGAUACAUUAUCAUUCAGUAACUGAUAAUGCUGCCAUUAAAGAAGCAGCAAGCAGAAAACGCCGUGGUAGAGGUGGUAAAGUUAAUUUGAGGGAGAAUGUUCCAUUAGGUGAUGAUGGUGACGCGGAUUUGUGGCAGCAGUGGCAUUAUGAUUAUGGUAUAUUUACAAUUUUGACAGCUCCCAUGUUUAUGUUGUCGGAUGGAAGUGAUUCGCAAGAAUGUGAGUCUCCCCGCAGCCACACAUAUUUGCAAGUAUUCCAUCCAGAGACGAAUCGCGUACUUAUGGUGAAAGCAUCUAAAGCUAGUUUUAUCGUUCAGGUAGGAGAAUCAGCUGAUGUAUUGUCGAAGGGGAGGCUUCGAGCAACCCUUCAUAGUGUUUGCAGACAUGCCAAGAUGGAUAAUUUGAGCCGGGAGACCUUUGUUGUAUUUUUACAGCCGGCAUGGAGCAAGACCUUUUCACUUUCAGACUACCCAUUUGAAGGUUUAACUUCAGGUGAUCAGGAUACUACAAAGUCAUACAAUGAGGAAAUGCAUGGUGUAGUGCAGGAAUCGAAUGGAUUGACUCAAAAAAUUCAUGAGAUUGUUCCUCCUCUAUCUUCACGAUUGCGGGAUGGGAUGACUUUUGCUGAAUUUUCGAGAGAAACCACAAAGCAAUACUAUAGUGGUAGCGGCUUGCAGUCAAACAGAUAGGAUAAGAUGCAAUUGCUGAGAUGAACUCUGGAGAGAAACAGAGUUUUCAGGGGGAAGAUGAUGAUAUCAGAAGGGGCAUAUGAUGACGCAUUUCAGGCACGCCUUUGGUUACAGGAAAUGGGGCAGAUUUUCGCAGUGUUGAGGCUCAAAGAUGUUUGGGCGUCCAAACAAGGUUGGUCGGCCUGCGAUGUUGCCAAUACCCAAGACAUCCAGGGGGACAACCUUACACUCACCAAUUACCUCAUUCUUUGUCUUCUUUUCUAUCACAUUAUCCCCUCCCCUGUCUUGAGAAUAGUUAGAAAUUUUUACUUGUCUGCUCUAUUAUCGAGGUGUGAUUACUGGAUGUUACUUUUACUAUACUAGUUGAAAGUGGUGAUUUAAGAAUAGCCUGUCUUGGUUAAUUCUUGGAUUCGAUGUCUUAAACGUAGAUCAUCAUAAUCCAAUAGUUUAAUUGUCUCGUGAUCAAUUUGGGAAAAUCAUU